AAAGGGGGGUUGGGUUAGGGGCUUGUAUUCAGAUUGUGGAUAACAAAGAAUUAUGAUUUUUUAAGGCAAUGUAGCAUUCUAAAACAGGGUUAAACUAGUAUCAAAAGUAGCCAGCUAAUAACAAAUCUUACUGAUCGGUUUGUUAUGGUGUGGGUUUAUGCGUGCGUGUGCGUGCGCGAUUGUGUGUGCGUGUAUUUUUCCCCAUGAAUCUUUUUUUUUUUUUAAUCCUGUGGCUUUUUGCUUACAACUAGCCUAACCCUGUAAUUUUCCUGCAUCCAAGAAAACAAUCACAAACAAAAUGGUGGUUUAAAUACUUUGAUAUAUUUGGCUAAUAAUUCUGCUGUCUUAGUGCAGAUUAGAGUUGGAUUAGAAGUCAGUAAACAGUACUUUAUUACAUCACUGAAUGGAAACAGAGCUAUCCUCAUUGAAGACGGAGGGCACUUUAUCAGUCUGUAUGUUGGUAGCAACAAGGUGUUCCUAUAUUUUCGUUUUCACCUCUUGGCUCGGAUUUUUACCUUUCCUUUCAAACUGUUGUGUUGCAGUUGGCUAUCGCAGAGAGUGCACUGUCCUAUCAUUCCUGAACUUGGUCUGCUUUCCACGGUCACCUGGUGGAGAAGCCACGUGAUUCUUUGUACAGUUCAUCCCGCUGUUCCUUGUAUUGCAGUAGAGGCUACUUCGCCUUCCCUCUUUCUCAGCCAUUUUGUAAGCCCCAGAAUUAUGGGGCGAUUGCUUGAGAAAAUAACGUAAACAUAGAAUAGACUGGCCGAGAUGGUUUACAAUUUCUGGUUUUUUUUAACUAGGUUAUUUAUAAUGUAUUUCCGAACCACUUGGCAGAGAAAUUCACAACACUUAAUGUUCAUUUUUUGAGUAAAGGAAGCUAAAAACAUGUCUGCUUUUUGGUACUACAUGCAUUAGUGAAGGGUUAAGUAAGUUUUGUUCUCCACUGAAUAUUUAACAUCUCAGAAAAAAUCUUGCAUGUUCUGUAGUUUUUGUAUUAAGUCAGUCAUUUUGUAUGCACUCUAUCAAGUAAAAACAGGCGGUUUACCUGUUUACAUUAGUAUCCUAACAAAUUCCGCCCCCUUGCAGCUUCAGACUGGCAUCUGUAUACUUAGAGUUCAAACACAGCACCCAGGAAUACCAAGUAGUUCUUCUAGGCAUAGCUCACCUACACCCAGCGGGGCACAAAGGAGAGGUAGGUGGGUACAGUGUGUGCAAGCUGCAAGUAAGGCCCUUUACUCACUGAUUUCUUUUCCCCCUGAUAAUGGAUCUUAAAUCUAGAUGUACCGACUUUUUUUUCCUAAAACUUCAAUGGAGCUGCUCUUUACUUCCAUGCAAUAUUGUGUACUCGAUUGUGUAUAGAAGAAGCUGGUGAGAGUGCCCUCCUAUAUAAGCAAUUGCAGUGUUUUGCAUGCAAAAUUUUAAGAAUUUAAAUCAUCCUGAUUCUAUUUUGUAAAUGGAGAAACAAUCAUAUCUUUCUAAGCAGUAAUGGAGGAAGACUAGUGCUUUGUGCAUUUUGAUAUAUUUGAGUUCAUUUUUUCCAUCAUGUAAUACUUUUGACACAGUUGGGUUUCUCAUAUGAUCCUAGUUCAUGUACAUCCGAAUGCUAAAUAAUACCGUGUUUCAGUUUUGUGUUGCAAGAACAAAUGGAAUAAACUUGAAUUGUGCUACAA